AUGUUUCUUAUUUCAGAGAGUCAAAUUAGUCAACCCACAACUUUAUGGAAUGAGACCUAUACGAAAGGUGAAGUAAUUCGGGUAAAAAAUAUCGAUGUCUAUACGGUUGGUAGUGAUGCAGAUUCAACUAAUGAUGUAUCGAUUAUUGUAAUCUAUGAUAUCUUUGGAUUCAAUAUAAGUCAAACGCGUGUAUUUUGUGAUCGCCUCUCGGCGCAAUACAAAGCACAAGUGGCUAUGCCUGAUUUCUUUCGCGGUAAAACAGCAUCGGCACAUAUAAGUAAUCUUACCGCAGUACUUUCUCUAAUUGGUAACUGGUCUCAAGUAUCAUCUGACCUUAGCGAUGUCGCUUCCUGGCUUCGAAGAACAUCAACAUCUCGUCGCAUUGCUCUCAUAGGUUUCUGUUGGGGCGGUCUACAAGUUGUUCGAGCCUGUUCAAAUCUAUCGACACUAUUUUUUACAGGCAUCUCAAUUCAUGGUGCAUGGCUCACAGAAGACGAAGUUCGUCAACUACAACAACCAAUGCUAUUCAUUGCUGCUGGUGAUGAUCCACCGUUGAAGCCGAAUGUUUCAAGCGUCAUUGAACAAUGGACAAGUCCAAGAGUAGCUAAGCAAUCUCAAUACGAAACGUAUCCAAACAUGAAACAUGGAUUUGUAUCAGGCGGCGCUAAUUAUUCGAAUCCUGAUAAUGUUAAAGCUAUCGAUGAUGUACAUGAAAAAGGUAAUGAUAAAGCAGAUAAAAUAGGUAUUGUCGAUUGA